AUGCCGCAGUAUCCCGCCCGCAACCCACUACAGUCGGUCCUGUCGCAGGGCAAAGAGCAUGAGGCCAAGCGGAUAAAGGUCGAGUCGCCGCACUCGGCCCUCGACUCGAUCGAUUCCUGGCUUCAAUUCGACGAAGAGGCCGACAAAUUCGGCAGCUUCGAGAUUGACUUUUCAAAGCAGUACAACACGGCCAACCAGCCAAGCGGCCUCUACGCCAAUCCCACCGCCCCGUUCAGGGAAGAAGACUUCCUCGAUGAUAGCGCCUUUGAUCAUUCUCUGUCCGAGGACGACGAUUUGUUUGAUACCGUCAACCUGAAUGACCAGCUGUCCAAGAUUGACACGCUGCCUUCGACCGAGCCCCAGUCAUCCAGAAGCCUCUACUCCACGCCGUCACUGGGCUGGGAGAAGCCUCAGCAGGGCAUUCAGCCUAGCACCAUCUCAAUGGCUGAUGAGAUCCCAAGGCGCAUGGGCAGCGAUGCCUGGGACCCGAUUCCGCAAGGCACCAACUACACUCUUACUCCAGAGGAGCGCCGCCGGCUUCUCGAAAUCGCCAUGGGCCCCAGCAGAAUGUCGGCCUAUGUUUCCCCCAACCGAUUCAACCUCGGAUUCGGAUCUACAAUGCAGCCCAGCCUAACUCAAGAAUUCGGCUAUGGCUUUGGUGGCCCGAAACAGGGGCUGAACCAUGUGGGAAUGUUCCAGAGAAACAAUUCUACCGACACAACUACCUCUGGGCUCUCGCAGCCAAACCGGGAUCUGAAACACAAGCAGCCUAAGAAUGAGACGCCGCCCAAAACAGUGCCUACGAAACGACCAAGCACUCUAUCGGAGACCAGCAGCAUCGGCAAAGAAAAGACAAAGUCCGCCGACCGCAUGGCGCACAACGACGUCGAGCGGAAAUAUCGCACCAACCUUAAGGACAAGAUCACCGAGCUGCGCAAUGCGGUGCCAGCGCUGCAGCAAGUCGCCGAGGGUGAUCAGGACAACGGGCAGGGCAACGCCAAAGUGAGCAAGGGCACUGUGUUGACCAAGGCGACUGAAUAUAUCCACCAACUAGAGCAACGCAACAAAGACAUCAUGACAGAACAUAAGCAACUCAUGCGAAGACUUCAAGCAUUCGAAGCACUCCUCAACAACUCAAUGAGAGUCGACAUCAUGCCCAGCCAUAGCAUGACGCUCUUCGACCCCAGAGGAUUCUGUUGAUUUACUGUAUCAAUAUUCUCCAUGAUUUACAAACCAAUUUUUGACGACUGCAUGAGAAAAAAAAAUGACGGACACUUGUUUUUCUUUUUUUUUUUUCCUUUUAGUGAAAAGCAUUUCAAUGAGCUUCUUCCUACAAGCAGGCAUUUCAUGUUUAUUCUUUCUUUCUAUUUCUUUCGCCAUCUUACAGUUUCUACUUUGGCCUUCUGCCACUACUUAACUCACUACUUUUCGGCGUUAAGGUGGAUUAUUUUGAUUUUUUAUUUUAUUUUCUUUACAAACAUGGCAUGAAAACCCAGAAAGGAUAUAUAACUCGGCAUGGGCGGUCUCUUGAGAAUUUAUUCAAAGGAAACGGAACGAGAUGAAAGGGGGAAAUUUAUCAAGGCAAUGUGGGUCUGGGAGUGGAAAGAAGGGACUUUACGAAAGAGGACAUCUCUGAAAGAAAAAAACGGAGCGGUAGCAUUUAUCGACGAAGCGAAUUGGGAAGGGCAAAAGAGAGCUUUAUUCUAUGAAAGGGAAUAUAUUUGGCGGCCAAUUGGUUGAUAGAGGCGGGAGCCCUUGUUUUCUUGGCUUUACAGACAGAAGAGAGAACGAAAAAUGUUCGGGGAUUGUGAAUAAUACAAGAGCACAUGAGGCGCCUUUUUGCCUUGAUUUGAAACCCGU